GAAAGGCCAUUGGCCGGUGGACACGUCAGUCAAAGUUCCAACUUCCGGUCAGAGGUUGCUAGGUAACAGAAGUCGGCUUGCUGUGAACAGAGCACGGACGCUAGCUAAAGUCGCUGCUGUUUCUGAAGUUUAGGUUUAUAUUCGUUCGUUUUGAUUCGUGAAAACUAUACAUUUGGAAUCAUGAUGACAAUAAAAGAUGGAGAAUACACAGCAACGAUCUACAAACUGAUUAAGGACAGCCAGUAUGUGGAGGCCAUUCACAUCUUAAACAGCCAACUUCAGAAGCACACCAGGUCCAGAGCUGCUCUGUCUCUGCUGGGCUUCUGCUACUAUCACAUCCAGGACUUCAGCAGUGCUGCAGAGUGCUAUGAACAGCUUACUCAGCUGCACCCUGAGGUGGAGGAGUAUAAGGUGUACUACGCACAAAGCUUGUACAAAGCAGGGUCGUACGCUGAUGCCACCAAGGCCUCCUUCGCACUGGACACAGCCACCAGUCAUAUUAAGAUGAUCAAGCUGCAGGCCUCCAUCAAAUAUUUUGAGGAGAAUUAUUCUGCUGCCAAGUCUCUGGUGGAGCAGCUACCCCAGGAGGACCCAGACUAUGUCUACAACAUGGGCUGCCUACUCUAUCAAGACGCCAAUUAUGAGGACGCCUGCAAGAAGUUCACGUCGGCCAUGCAGGUGCUGGGAUACGUACCUGCGCUGUCGUACAACGUCGCGCUGUGUUACUACAGAAUGAGCAACUACGCCCAGGCGCUCAAGUACAUUGGCGAGAUCAUCGAGCGAGGCAUCAGGGAACACCCAGAGCUGAGUGUGGGCCUGACGACAGAGGGUAUCGAUGUGCGCAGUGUGGGCAACACGCUUGUGCUGCAUCAGACCGCCCUCAUCGAAGCUUUCAACCUCAAAGCUGCCAUCGAAUACCAGCUGAAGAAACUGAAAGGCGCUCAAGAGGCUUUGACAGACAUGCCGCCACGAUCAGAGGAGGAGCUGGACACAGUGACGCUGCACAAUCAGGCUCUGCUCAACAUGGACUCCAAGCCAUCGCAAGGUUUUGAGAAGUUGGCCUUCCUGCUUCAGCAACCGUCCUUCCCUCCCGUCACUUUUGGAAACUUGCUUCUGCUCUACUGCAAACAUGAGUAUUUUGACCUAGCAGCCGACGUCCUGGCAGAAAACGCCCACCUCACCUACAAAUUGCUCUCUCCAUAUGAAUAUGAGUUUCUAGAUGCCUUGUUGACCUGCCAGACUGCACCGGAGGAGGCAUUCAGAAAGUUUGAUGACAUGAUCGGCAAAAUGACCGAGAAGUUACGCAAGCUGGCCAAGCAGCUGCAGGAUGCCAAAGCAGUCCGUGACGAUGAAGGACAGAAGAAAGCCCUGCAUGAGUACGACACAAUGCAGGAGAAGUACAUUGUGGUGCUGAUGGCCCAGGCCAAGAUCUACUGGAACCGGGAGAACUUCCAGAUGGUGGAGAAAAUUUUCCAGAAGUCCAUGGAGGUGUGCAACGAGGACGACACGUGGAAGCUGAACGUGGCCCAUGUGCUAUUCAUGCAGAACAAGUACAAGGAGGCCAUCAGCUUCUACGAGCCCAUCGUCAAGAAGCACUAUGACAAAAUCUUGGAUGUCAGCGCCGUGGUCCUGGCUAACCUGUGUGUGUCCUACAUCAUGACCAGCCAGAAUGAAGAUGCUGAGGAGCUGAUGAGGAAGAUCGAGAAAGAAGAGGAGCAGAUCUCCUAUGUCGACCCAGAUAAGAAAGUCUUCCACCUCUGCAUCGUCAACAUGGUGAUCGGCACGUUGUACUGCGCCAAAGGCCACUAUGAUUUUGGCAUUUCUCGUGUCAUCAAGAGCUUGGAGCCUUACAACAAGAAGCUGGGGACCGACACGUGGUUCUACGCCAAGCGCUGUUUCCUGUCCCUGCUGGAGAACAUGUCCAAACACAUCAUCACGCUGAAGGGUGCCGUGGUGCAGGAGUGCAUUCAGUUCCUGGAGAACUGUGAAGAUGUUUGCUCUUCAUUGCGGCGUUCUGUCCGCAUCAGAAUACGGCAGGGAGGUGCCCGCCAUCAUCGAGCAGCCUCUGGAGGAGUCCCGCGUUCAAAUGGGCAAGAACACGGUCACCUAUGAAGCCCGGCUCCUCAAGGCCCUCUUCCACAAAGUCACCAGCUGGAACGAGUGACGUCACCGAGGCCUACAGCCUGGAUUUAAACACCAGAGACACACGCACGUUCAUUUAUUUAUUUGGGAUGUUAUGUUUUUACAUACAUUCAUGGUUCAUACUUGACACAAAGCCUGCCAAACUCCUAAAACACUUAAGUGCUUCACAUAUAAAAACAGGCAGUUUAUUUGUUUUUCUACUCCACAUUGCAGAGGACUCCAUGAAGAACUACAUGGGAACUGUUGUCUGUGAAGAUGUACGAUUCAGUUCUCGGUCUGCCAGGAAGAAUGUUUCCAUUUUGGGCCAGAGAGACCACCUCAUGCCCAGCAUGGCUGUGAGGGACCAGAGAGGUUCACGACAGGGGCCUCUUGGUUAUGUCCUGCUCUGCCAGGUAGUAGUUUAAAUAUCCUCCCAGGGCGCCCACCGCCACAGCGGUCAUGUGACUGGAGCAGCCGUCUGAAGGCAGAAACAAAAAAUUAAUAUCAGAAGAAUAGUACACAGGGUUUUUGUUUUUUUUUUCAAAAUAAAAUUACCUGUCGUCAAAAGGUGUUGUGUCGGCAUUAAUAUAUAAUUCUUUAAUGUUAUCAUUAUUACACUAGAGCAGCUGUCAAACCUGUUUUCAUUGAGGGCCGAAUCACAGUUUUGGCUGCCCUCAGACGGCCAUUUGUAAGAUUAAAAAAUACAUGAAUAUACAUUUAUAAGAGUUUUCCUCAUUAUAUUACGAAAUGUAUUAUAUUUUUUUUACAUUCACUGUAAUGAAAACAGGAAGCUAAGUCGCCAGGAUUUUACGGUAACAUUUACAAUGAUUUUUACAGCAUGUCACAGUAAAAAUUUAACAAUAAAAUCUACAGAUGUUU